AUGCCCGCACCCAAACGCCCAACAAGCGGCACCAGCCGCCCCUCGUCGACCAGCAAGCAACAAGCCACGCUCUCCUUCAACCACCGAGUCACGAAAUCCGUGCCCAAGUCCGCCAAGAAGGGCCUCGCGACGCCUCCCUCCACGGCGCCGUCCAAGCAGAGCCCGCUCGCCAAGCACGUCGCCUCAACAAGCGACCAACAAGACCCAGCCGACAUUGAUGUUGAGGACGAGGAUGUUGAUGUGACCAAAGCGCAAGUUGAAGAGGCAGAGGCGCCCGAGAAGACCGAAGCGGAGCUGCGCGCCGAGAAGGUCAGCGACCGCCAGAUCGACCAGUACUGGCGGCAGCUGGAGCGCGAGCGCAAGACCAAGCGCGUGCACCAGGGCGACCUGGCGCUGGCGGAGAAGGUGCUCCGGUAUUGGGAUGUCAGCUCGCAGUACGGGCCUUGUGUCGGCAUCUCCCGCAUGAAGCGCUGGCAGCGUGCCGAGCGACUGGGCUUGAACCCGCCGGUCGAGGUCCUGGCUGUGCUGAUGAAGGAGGAGAGCAGGGGCGCGCAGGGCUUUGAGAAGGCGCAUAUGGAUGAGAUCCUCAACUCGACGGCUGUUGGAUCUACUUGA